AUGAGUCACAACGAGCGCCGCGCAAGCACGUGUCACUUUCCGUUCCGUUCGUGGUCUCUCCCAGGAAGUCAGGGAAACAUGUCGCUGACGAGUACGCAGUGGAUGCUCCAGAAAGUUACUGUCUGGCCAGCCUCCCGCAGCUCUUUCGUGACUAACAUGGUGCUCUGGGUGACCCUCUCCGCGCUGAGCCAGGUCAUGUUUGCUCCGUUCUGCACCGUGCUCGCAAGGGAGUUCCGCAUGAUGUGCAUCCUGCUGUUGGCCUUCUUCCAGGUGGGGAUCCACAGGGUGCCCCUCCAUGGUCCGCACAGGGCGGGCCCCGGAUCCCCCACCAUGGAGCGCGUGCCGCCCGAGCAGCCGCACGCCCGCCCCGACACGGCCGGGGAGGCCGAGGGCCCGGCGGGGCACCACGCGGGGCGGCCGGCGUCCGAGGGGCGUGCCCUCGAGCGCGCGCACUCGGGCGCCCUCGCCCCCGGGGCCUGGAGGGUCUCCGAGACGAUGCAGGCCUGUGCCAGGUUCGGGCACGUGGACAAGGCCUUGGAGCUGUUUGACCAUAUGCUGGAGAAGGGCGUCGCUGUCGAUGCGCGUCUCGUCGGCAAGGCGACGUGCGACAGGUUCUUCGUACUCGUCGCGAACAACCUCGACGCCUCGCGAAUGCGGAGGGACGGCCUGCGACUUUUUGACUUAGCUCAGGCUCACGGGAUCGCGCCGUCAACCGUCGUGCAGAACCGAUUUGUCAUUGCGUGGAAGAGCAAGCUUCCGAAGAGUGCCCUGAGAUAUCUACUGCAGCUCAAGAGUACGGGUUGCUUGAUCAGUCGACUUGCGUACUUCGCCAUUGUGCUGUCCAGCGAGAAGGACGAUCCGCAUCUUGUUGUCGAGACGUUUGAGGAGAUGGAGACAUUAGGCAUCAAGGCCGAUAAGGUGGCGUUCAAUGCAGUGUUGCGCGCCUGCACUAGCAUGAGUUUGAUCAACGAGGCGCGACACUUGUUCAUGGAGAUGGCCGACCGCGGGCUGACGCCUGAUGGAAAAACGUACGCCGUCAUGGUUAGGGGCUACGCGCUCAAUAACCAGUGGAAGGAUGCAGUUACCCUGUUCGAGACGAUGCGGGAGGAGCGCUUCAAACCCGACAGACACACAUAUCACCACGCAAUAUGUUCUUGCAUCAGCCUCCAGCGUAUUCAAUACGCCGUGGAACUCUACAACGACAUGAUUCAGGCGAAUCUUGCACCCUGCAGCACCACAUGCGAAUACUUGAGGGCAGGGUACGAAGCAUACGGUUGGAGCCAUAGAGCAAACUAG